GCCCUGGCCCCGCGAGCGGCAGGCUGGAGGAGGAGCUGUGGCGGCGACAGCUACCCGGGCAGGUCGCGGCGCCUCGGGAAACAGCUGACGGCGCGGCUGCUGCGAGCUCCCGCGUGGGGCCCCAGGAUCAUGGAGCCUGGUGACGCGGUAAGCCCUGGCCCCGGACAGGCCCUACGGGCGCUGUUGCCGCGGCUGCUGUUGCUGCCACUGUUGCCGGUGUUGCUGGGUCGGGGGCUGCGGGCCGGGGCCGCGGCCUCUUCGUCUGGGGCGGCGGCCGAGGACAGCAGCGCCAUGGAGGAGCUCGCCACCGAGAAGGAGGCAGAGGAGAGCCACCGGCAGGACAGCGUGAGCCUGCUCACCUUCAUCCUGCUGCUCACCCUCACCAUCCUCACCAUCUGGCUCUUCAAGCACCGCCGGGUGCGCUUCCUGCAUGAGACCGGGCUGGCCAUGAUCUAUGGGCUCAUUGUUGGAGUGAUCCUGAGGUAUGGCACCCCUGCCACCAGUGGUCAUGACAAGUCACUCAGCUGUACUCAGGAAGACAGGGCCUUUAGCACCUUAUUAGUGAAUGUCAGUGGGAAGUUCUUCGAAUACACUCUGAAGGGGGAAAUCAGCCCUGGCAAAAUCAACAAUGUGGAGCAGAAUGACAUGCUUCGGAAGGUAACAUUUGAUCCAGAAGUAUUUUUCAACAUUCUGCUGCCUCCAAUUAUUUUCCAUGCUGGCUACAGUUUAAAGAAGCGACACUUUUUCAGAAAUCUUGGAUCUAUUCUGGCCUAUGCUUUCUUGGGGACUGCUGUUUCCUGCUUUAUUAUUGGAAAUCUCAUGUAUGGUGUGGUGAAACUCAUGAAGAUUGUGGGCCAACUCUCUGAUAAAUUUUACUAUACAGAUUGCCUGUUUUUUGGAGCAAUUAUCUCUGCUACUGACCCAGUGACUGUGCUGGCAAUUUUUAAUGAAUUGCAUGCAGACGUGGAUCUUUAUGCGCUGCUGUUUGGAGAGAGCGUCCUGAAUGAUGCUGUUGCCAUUGUACUCUCCUCGUCCAUUGUUGCCUAUCAGCCAGCAGGGCUAAACACGCAUGCCUUUGAUGCCGCUGCCUUUUUUAAGUCAGUUGGCAUUUUUCUAGGUAUAUUUAGUGGCUCUUUUACCAUGGGAGCUGUAACUGGUGUUGUGACUGCUCUAGUGACCAAGUUUACCAAGCUGCACUGCUUCCCCCUGCUGGAGACGGCACUUUUCUUCCUGAUGUCCUGGAGCACGUUUCUCUUGGCAGAAGCCUGUGGGUUUACAGGUGUUGUAGCUGUCCUUUUCUGUGGAAUCACACAAGCUCAUUACACCUACAAUAAUCUGUCAGUAGAAUCAAGAAGUCGAACCAAGCAGCUUUUUGAGGUAUUACACUUCCUGGCAGAGAACUUCAUCUUCUCCUACAUGGGCCUGGCGCUGUUCACCUUCCAGAAGCACGUUUUCAGCCCCAUUUUCAUCAUUGGCGCUUUUGUUGCCAUCUUCCUGGGCAGAGCUGCGCACAUCUACCCUCUCUCCUUCUUCCUCAACUUGGGCAGAAGGCAUAAGAUUGGCUGGAAUUUUCAGCACAUGAUGAUGUUUUCAGGCCUCAGAGGAGCAAUGGCAUUUGCACUAGCCAUUCGUGACACAGCAUCCUAUGCCCGCCAGAUGAUGUUCACAACCACCCUCCUGAUCGUCUUCUUCACUGUCUGGAUCAUUGGUGGAGGCACGACGCCCAUGUUGUCAUGGCUCAAUAUAAGAGUUGGUGUGGAGGAGCGCUCUGAAGAGGACCAGAAUGAACACUGCUGGCAGUACUUCAGAGUUGGUGUUGACCCAGAUCAAGACCCGCCACCUAACAAUGACAGCUUUCAAGUCUUACAAGGGGAUGGCCCAGAUUCUGUUGGAGGAAGCCGGACAAAGCAGGAAAGUGCGUGGAUAUUCAGACUGUGGUACAGCUUUGACCACAAUUACUUGAAGCCCAUUCUCACCCAUAGUGGACCCCCGCUAACCACCACUCUCCCAGCCUGGUGUGGCUUGCUAGCUCAAUGCCUGACCAGUCCCCAGGUGUACGACAACCAAGAGCCACUGAGAGAAGAUGACUCUGAUUUCAUCCUAACCGAAGGUGACCUCACCUUGACCUAUGGAGAUAGCACAGUGACAGCAAAUGGCUCCUCAGGCUCCCACACAGCCUCUACAAACCUUGAGGGCGGCAGAAGAACAAAGAGCAGCUCGGAGGAAGUGCUUGAGCGAGACCUGGAAACAGGAGACCAGAAGGUUUCCAGCCGGGGCACCCCCCUUGUGUUUCCACUGCAGGAAAAUGCAUGACUUUCCCCUAAACCCUGAAGGAUGGGGGAGACGCCCAGGGAGUGAGGAUGACUGCAUGUCCCAGUGUGUUUGAGGUGUGGCAUUGAGUGGAUAAAACUAAUGCUGUUGUUUUAUUGGGGUCUGAAGCUAUCUUACUACUCAGAAUUUAACCUAAGACUCAGAUGGUGAAUCUGUCUCUAAAUUAAGACAAACGCAGAAUUAUUCCCAAUUUUUCACAUAGUAGUUCGCUGUUUCAGAGUUAAACAAAAUAAUAGCUUGCUUUAGUGUUCUCUUAAUUCAUCCACCUGCAGCAUCUGAUUAAGGUGGGGCAGAUACAGGGCUUGACCUGUAUACUCUAGUGCCAGCAGCUUUCUCGAGGAACGUCAAGUCAGGAAGACACACUAGAUAAAGACCAUGAAGAAAGGCAAUUGAAAUCAGAGUUCCAAGGGUGUUGGGAGCUGAUGUUAUACUGGACAAAAGAAAAAAAGAAAAAAAAGCUGUUUGAGUGGAGCCUCUGGCUGUGAAGGCUGCACAAUUGCAUCCUCCUUUUUCAGGAGUCCUGGCUGUUCUACACCUGUGUUUCUCCUCGACUGAAGAUUAGAAUAGGUAGCUAUAGCAGUUGUGACGACACACACUGGUAGGAUAUGCUGAAGAAAGUGUAGCCAUUGGCUGGGGCAUUAGUUCAGUGGUACAGUGAAAGAGUGCUUGUCUACCAUGUACAAGACCCUGGGUUGUAUCCCCAGCACUGCCAAAAAGGGGGGUGGGGGGAGAAAGUGUAUCCAAGAGCAUUUCAAUAUGGAGAAAAGAAGUCUAGUUCCUUCUCUGGAAAUCUCCAUAAGAGUUACUGAAAUAUUUAAAACCAAAGGCAAAUAGUGUUACAUUGUUUUUUAAUUACUUUGAGGACAGGAGGUGUUUAGAACUGCUAAUGAUACCAUUGCAGCAAUCAUUCAACUUUUGAGGGCUACCAUGGGAGCCAGCUGCCUGCAAAAUUAGUAAUGACUGAGGUAUCUGCAUUGUUCUUACCUAGGGAAGAGAAGGCAGCAAGAAACUGAAGAGGCAAUAGACCAAUAGUUAGAGGAAAGAAAUUUCAAUGUGAAAAAAUAACCUGCAAAGAAAAAAAA